CAAUUGAAAUGGCGAAGUUUGCAGUAGUCUGUGUGGCCUUAGGGCUGGCUGUGUGCGUGUGCGCCGCACCGGGUUACGGUGGUCUUGGAGGUGGUGGUGGGUUAGGAGGAGGUCACGGUGGUGGCCUUGGAGGAGGAAGCGGUGGUGGUCAUGGCGGAGGCCUCGGAGGCGGAAGCGGUGGCGGCCAUGGCGGAGGCCUCGGAGGGGGAAGCGGUGGUGGUCUAGGCGGUGGACACGGCGGUGGCCUUGGAGGAGGAAACGGCGGUGCUUUGGGAGGAGGACACGGUGGAAGCCUUGGAGGAGGAAACGGCGGUGGCAUUGGAGGCGGUCAAGGGGGAGCGCUCGGCGGUGGUUAUGGAGGCGGUCACGGAGGAGCCAGCGGCGGCGGUCACGGCGGUGGUAACGGCGGUGGUAACGGCGGUGGCCUCGGAGGUGGUCAUGGCGGUGGUGGCAGCGGCGGCUACGGCGGCCACGGCGGAUAUGGUGGCAGCAGUGCCAGCUCCAGCGCCAGCGCUAGCGCAAGCUCGGGAGGCAAAUACGGACGUUAACUUCAUUUCGAAAAUAUGCCGGCGGAACCAAAGUGCAGUGCAAUAAGCUGACAAUGUGAUAUAGAUAUGACAUCUCGCCAUUAAAUUGUAUUUUUUGUAUAAUAGAUUAUUUACAAUU